AUGCAGAACGAACAGCUCAACGAAUUUACUCCAGCAGAGCAUAUUCAUCAGAUUCGCUCAUAUUUCGAUAUCAUAGACAAUGCAGUUCAAAUUGGUGACACUAAUAGAAAAUAUUCUGACGCAAAGAUUCCAUCACAACCUGGAACUGCUAAAGAUAACACAUGGGUAACAUUCAAUCUCUCACCUCCUGGUGAAAAUAUGUUGGACCUUUACAAUACAUUCAUUACGUAUAAAAUGGAAGGUCAAUUUAUUGUAGAUAAAGAAAUUGGUUCAGGUUCCAAUAAAACAAACCCACCAGGAUUUUGGAUUGGUUUCGAUGACGCUUUCUAUGCAGUUGCUGGAUAUCAAAUCCUUGCAAAUGGUCGUAUCGUAUAUUCUCAAGACAAUGCAAGAUAG